AAAAAACAAAAACAAAUUUUCGGAUUAUAAAAGGGCUCACGCUCAGUCCACGCAUUCAGUGAAGAAUCACAAUGACAACAGUUCUAGUCUUCGUCGGUCUUUUGGCAGCUGCGAUAGCUACCCCACUAGGUAUUAGUGAGCGAAUUGUGGGUGGUUCAAAUACGUUGGAUCAUCCAUAUAUAGUUUCCAUACGAUGGUUCGAUUCCUACACAUGUGGAGGAGCUAUCCUUACAGAAAAAUGGGUGCUCACUGCAGCCCAUUGCGUCCUUGAUACUGACACCGUCUACAGAUUUUUCAAUGUAGCGGCCGGCACAAACUUGCGAACUCAAGGAUCCCCAUCCAGGAGCCGCAUAUCAGAUAUUGGAAUCCACCCCGGGUGGAACGAAAAGACGACACAACACGAUAUAGCUCUUCUAAAAUUGAAGACACCCCUAACCCUGUCGGAAUCCAUAAAGACUAUCCCGAUCGAAGAGACAUACGACAACUCUGUACGAAAAUGCACUGCACUGGGAUGGGGGUUACUUUCACCCACGAAGAAAACUGUCCCCAUGACGUUGCAGCAAAUAACAACGACCACCGUUCCUUAUCAGAAGUGCAAAUCUUUGUUUACACAAGUCGUGGUGGAUCCUUUAUCACAAAUUUGUACUUUAGCGGGAAAGGGAAAAGGUAGUUGCUUUGGGGACUCCGGAAGUCCUCUGGUUUGCAGUAAAAAUGGCCGUGAUGUUGUGGUUGGGGUAUUUUCCUGGGUGGCUGGAAGGGCGGAUGAAUGUGCUGUAGGAUUACCAGAUGGUUAUACAAGAGUGUCUUAUUAUGCUGAGUGGAUCCACGACUAUAUUAAGAAACAUUAAUUUGUCAAAAUAUUCUAUAAAUCAUUAAAAGUCAUAUUUUUAUAGGCAUUAUUAAAGAGUUUUUGUGAGCGGCGUGUUCUUGAAGGAGAAACCUUUCGUAAAAAUGUGAUAUCAAAAGGAUUAAACUCGAGUAGGGUAUUGGCACAAAACUUAAGGGCGCCCAGUAGCAGACCGAAAAAGAUCGACAUUUCAAUUGAUAGAUUAUGUCUAAAUCUCUGGGGAAGAAACAAUAUUUUUUAAAAUAAGUCAUUGUUUAGUGUUUAAUUAAUCGUUCAUUUUUCGAAGGAAAUUGCAUUUUUAGACGAGGAGAGAGCAUGUUUCGCUUCAACUUUUAUAUCACUGCAAAGACAGUAUUGAGCUCCAUGGGGAAGAACCGGUCAUUUUUGUUUAAAAUUUAUAUUUAUCAAAAUA